AUCUUCAUUCUUAAAAUCCAAAUACACUAUUUCUUUAAGCGGUAGGCACCAACCUUUCAUCCCCCCACCAAAAAUAUAAGCCACCACAAUCCUACAUUCUCCUUCAAGCUUUCAUUCUUUCUGUAAAAAUCUAAACUUGGCAGCCAUAAACAAUUGUUGAAUGAAGCUAUAGCAGCUCUGGAUUUUUGAUUGAUUGUUUGUUUCAAUCAUUUGAUCAGAAAUGGGAGAAAUCUCAAGCUUUCAAUUGGGUGUCAUUGGAGCACUCUUCUUAUCAGUGGCAUCCUCUGUCUCCAUCGUCAUCUGUAAUAAAGCUCUCAUGAGCAACCUUGGCUUCCCUUUCGCAACUACUCUGACUAGUUGGCAUCUGAUGGUCACAUAUUGCACUCUUCAUGUGGCUCAUCGCUUAAACUUGUUUGAAUCGAAACCAAUCGACACGAAGACUGUUGUACUAUUUGGGAUGCUCAAUGGCAUCUCCAUUGGAUUUCUUAACUUGAGCUUGGGAUUCAAUUCCGUUGGAUUCUACCAGAUGACAAAACUUGCAAUCAUUCCAUUCACUGUUAUGUUAGAGACUAUUUUUCUUAAAAAACAAUUCAGCUCCAAGAUUAGGCUCUCUCUCUUCCUCUUGCUGGUUGGAGUUGGUAUUGCCUCUAUCACUGAUCUUCAGCUCAAUUUUAUGGGAACUGUUCUUUCUCUCUUGGCUAUCAUAACAACCUGUGUUGGCCAAAUUCUCACAAACACUAUUCAGAAAAGGCUGAGUGUAUCUUCUACACAGCUGCUAUAUCAGUCUGCUCCAUUUCAAGCAGCUAUUUUAUUUGUAUCUGGCCCUUUCUUAGACCAAUGUCUCACCAAGAAAAAUGUGUUUGCUUACAAGUAUUCUCCCGUGGUUUUGGCUUUUAUCAUCCUUUCAUGUCUGAUAUCUGUGUCAGUCAACUUUAGCACAUUUUUGGUGAUCGGAAAGACGUCGCCUGUGACAUAUCAGGUGCUCGGCCACCUCAAGACAUGCCUUGUUCUUGGCUUUGGCUAUACUCUUCUUCAUGAUCCUUUCACUGAGAGAAACCUCAUUGGAAUUCUAAUAGCCAUUGGUGGGAUGGGCUUGUAUUCAUAUUUUUGUACCCAAGAGAGUAAAAAGAAGCAGGGUGAUCUCUCUUUAGGAUCUCAGAUAAAAGACAAGGAAACAGCAGCUCUUCUGGCAGGAGUUCAUCAAGAUAAAGAAAACCAUGAAGUGAAGAAAUUAAACAAGGAUUCUCUGGUUUAAUCAAGUAUAUGGGAUAUGAAGGGAGAAGAUACAUAGAUUUUCAGGACAAUGUUUUUUUUUUUUCUUUUUCUUUUCUCAGAGAAGAUGGUUUUAAAUUCUUUGAAUAAACACCCCAUUUUGGUACUUCUUUCCAUUUAAAUACAUCUCUUAGGAUUUUGUCUGAAGAGUACUGGAAGAACCAUAUUGCAGAUUUAUCAUCACUGUGUUCUGAAAUAACUAGAAAGCUACAAGAGCCAUUGAAAAGCCUGCUUAAAAGAUGGUGCAAUUCCUUCUUACUACCAAAAGAAACCACACUCUCCCAUUGGAGAUAGCUGAAGAAACAGAUAUGUGUAGUGCAAAAAGAUGAACAUAUUAUAAACAUUAUUUUGUUGUUCAUUAUGAGGAAAUAGUAAUCAAUUAUUAUUAUUAUUGUUUUGUAUCUUCAUUAGAUUUGUAGAGAUUCUUCCAUUUGUCACAGAAUAGAAAGCAAAUAAAUAUCCCCUCAUCAUCAUGUGCCUAUCUCAAUGGAUAUACAUGUGUGUUUCCAAAUUAGUAGCUAAGUUGAAGGAAGAAAAAGGAACAUUUUGUUUUCAACAGCUACAGUUGCUGCUAAGUUGUAAUCUAGUUGCUUGCUUGUGUUUAUUGCUUUGGCUUUUAAGUCAAUUUGGUUGAUGUUAAUUGGGUACCAUAAUGUAGGUGUACUGUCCCUAGUCAAUUCUGUCUUUUCCUGAUAAAAUAA